AAAAGGCGUGGAGGAAAAUCCAGAUUGCAGAGGUGUUUGUGUUUCAAAUUUAUAGAGAGAGAGUGGGUGAGCUUUCUCUGUCUAACACUUCUGCAGUUUCUCUCUCUACACCUCUCUUUCUUUUUCUAUUUUUUUGUACUUUCAAAUCAUCAUAAAAGGAGAGUGUUCUUAAGGAUUUUCAGUGUUUGAUUUGUUUAAUUUUGAUACUGUGGGUUUUAAAUUGAGAAAUCGAAAAUGGGUAUCGCCAACGAUGAUGCUGUCAAAAAGUUCGAGUCUUCCAUGGAAGGAAUUGAUGAUUCACUGAAGAAGACUUUUGAGAAUAUGCAUCAGGGAGAUCCAACUGAGACUUAUGUUCGGUUUCUCAAAGCUAGGGAUUGGAAUGUUGAGAAAGCGCACAAAAUGUUAGUUGAUAGUUUAAAUUGGAGGGUGCAAAAUGAGAUUGAUAAUAUUUUAACAAAACCAAUUGUCCCUGCUGAGCUUUACCGAAAAGUACGUGACUCACAGCUUGUAGGACUAUCAGGUUACUCAAAGGAGGGUUUACCAAUCAUCGCUGUUGGUGUGGGGCAUAGCACUUAUGACAAAGCAUCUGUCCACUACUAUGUGCAGUCACACAUCCAAAUGAAUGAAUACAGAGAUCGUGUUGUAUUGCCUUAUGCAUCACGGAAGUAUGGACGAUUGAUUAGUACAUGUGUUAAGGUACUCGAUAUGACUGGUUUGAAAUUUUCGGCCCUCAACCAAAUAAAGCUGUUAACUGUGAUAACUACUAUAGAUGAUUUGAACUAUCCAGAAAAGACAGAUACUUAUUUCAUUGUUAAUGCACCAUAUAUAUUUUCAGCAUGUUGGAAGGUUGUUAGGCCUCUUUUGCAAGAGAGAACUCGAAAGAAAAUUCAAGUUCUUCAAGGGUGUGGCAAGGACGAGUUAUUGAAGAUAAUGGAUUAUGCGUCUCUGCCUCACUUUUGCAAGAAAGAGGGAUCUGGGUCUUCUCGACAUUCUAGAAAUGGAAUGACUGAUAAUUGUUUCUCUUUCGACCAUCCAUUCCAUCAAGAGCUAUACAAUUAUGUUAAGGAGCAAGUGGCUCCAUCAGCGCCCUUGAAACAAGGAUCCUUUCAUGUGGCAUUGCCUGAGCCUGACCCCGAUGAUGCAAAAAUUGCGAAAACAAUAGAAUCCGAGUUUCAUCGAUUAGAGGAUCAAAAGGAUCAAAAUGGGAUAGUAAGAUCACUUUCAAAACAGUUAAGCGGAUUAGACAUCAAGAUCAAUUGAUAUAUUGGAUAAAAUUCAGAAGGUUUGUUUACCCUUUUGUCCGUCAUCUCACCUAGACACCGACCUAUACUCUCGGGACCACAAAUCACUUAAAUAUGGCUGCUUUCAGUCCUUGAAGAGUUGAUAUGUUCGUUUUUCAUUACAUAGUACCGCUGCUUUGCAUUACCUCAAUGCAGGCAUAUUGGGAUGUGGUCGAGGCAUCGAAACACACCCUUAGUGGAUGACGAUGUUGUAUCUUUACAUAUAGUAUGUUAGGCAGAAACUGAACAUGGACCAGGUCACAUUAUGAGUAUCUUAUGAAAUUUCUUUAGGCCACGUGAUUAAUGAUUAUAAAUGCAUUUCCCCUCA